CUGGUGGUGAGGAGCCGCUGCAGCGCGUCAGGACCGGACCGUGAACCCGGAGACGGUACACACUGAGGCGAAAAGCAGACACAGCAUGGAGCGGAUGUCCGAGGAGGCGCUGAGGCUCAACCUGCUGAAGCGAGGCCUGGAGUCGCCCAGCGAGCGAGAGGAGGCGCUGGCCAAGCGCCUCAAGAUGGAGGGCCACGAGGCCAUGGAGCGCCUCAAGAUGCUGGCGCUGCUCAAGCGCAAGGACCUCGCCGACCUGGCGGCCCUGGAGGUCGGGGGGCCCAUGGGCGACGGCAAGGGGCCCGGAGCCAGCACCCUCCACCACCACCAGAGUCUCAUGGGCGCCGUUUACGAGGAGAAGAUGAACGGGAGUCUUCGGCUGGGAGGCCACGGCAGCCAUAUUGGCCCCAGUAAGAAUGGGAAGGAGAACAUGAUGGACGAGCCGGUGGACAUGAGCGCUGGGAGAAGAUGCGACGUGGACCUGGACAGACGAACUCCGUCUCCAGACGUCAUCAUCCUGUCGGACAACGAGGCGUCCAGUCCCAGAACCACACCGCGGCCCGAGGAGCGCCUGCACCACGCCAACCUGGACCUGUUCAAGGGGAAGACGGGGGAGGAGCGGCAGCAGAUGAUCAAGGCCCUGAGGGAGGAGCUCCGCCUGGAGGAGGCUCGGCUGGUGCUGCUCAAGAAGCUCCGUCAGAGUCAGAUGCAGAAGGAGAACGUGGUGCAGAAGGUCCCGGUGGUCCAGAACGCUGCGUCCUCCGUGCAGCCGCCUCCCACCCACAGCUCUCCUGGCCUGGGGAAGCUGCCCAUGAGGCCGGGCCUGCACAGCACCGAGCCCCAGAACAUCCGCAAUGCACAGGGUCACACGGUCAUCAGGUCAGCAGCCAAUGCCAGCCUGCCCCCCAUGAUGAUGUCACAGCGAGUCAUCGCCCCCAACCCCGCCCAGCUGCAGGGCCAGAGGAUCUCCUCCAAGCCGGGCAUGACCCGCUCCAACAGCAUGGCCAACCCCGUCAGCUACCAGCAGGCCAGCCAGCAGGUGGCAGCGUCCCAGCGCUCGGGCUCCAGCGCCAUGUACAUGAACCUGGCCCACAUGCAGGCGGCCGCGGCCGGCGGCGCGGCGGGCGGCAUGGGCGGAGCCUCGGCCGUCAGCCCGUCCACCAUGUCCAACUCGGCCGGAGGGGGCGUGAGCUCCAUGGCCGACCAGGCCAGCAGCCAGGCGGCGGCCAAGCUGGCCCUGAGGAAGCAGCUGGAGAAAACCCUGCUGGAGAUCCCUCCGCCCAAGCCCCCCGCUCCACUCCUCCACUUCCUGCCCUCUGCCGCCAACAGCGAGUUCAUCUACAUGGUGGGGCUGGAGGAGGUGGUGCAGAGUGUGCUCGACAGUCAGGGUAAACUCCGAGGCACGCUGGGGCGCAUGGAGCCCUUCUUCUGCGCCCAGUGCAGAACCGACUUCACGCCCCACUGGAAGCAGGAGAAGAGUGGGCGGAUCCUCUGCGAGCAGUGCAUGACCUCCAAUCAGAAGAAGGCUCUGAAGGCGGAGCACACCAACCGGCUGAAGAACGCCUUCGUGAAGGCCCUGCAGCAGGAGCAGGAGAUUGAGCAGAGGCUGCAGCAGCAGGCGGCCCUCUCCCCAAGCUCCGCCCCCACCGGCCCCAACGCCUCCAAGACCGACUCCAUGAUGCGGAAUCACGCACUGCGUCAGGCCCCCCAGCCUCAGGCCUCCAUGCAGCGCGGCUUGUCCAACUCGGCGCGCGGCGUCCUGUCUAACUUCGCUCAGGCCUCCCAGCUGUCGGUGGCCAGCAGCCUGAUGGGGAUGACCGGCGGCAAGCACUGUGGCAACAGGAUGCAGCACGACAGCCGGCGCCAGAUCUACAACAUCCCAGGGUUAAAUAUUGCCUAUCUGAACCCGGUGGCCGUCGGAGCCCAUAAGAGCGCCAGCUUAGCGGACCGGCAGAGAGAGUACCUGUUGGACAUGAUCCCUCCUCGGUCCAUAUCGCAGUCCAUCACCGGACAGAAAUGAGCCCCCCCCCCCCCUACCCCACACUGAAGCACUCCCAGAUCCCCCCCCAUCGCAUGCAGUGCCUGUCCGCGUGCCUACCGUAGACCAACCCAUGACCACCACCAAGUCGGACAAAGACACUAAACUGUCAUCUCAAAUGUUCUUAUUAUAGUAGACGUUGUUUAACAAUUAUAAUUCCCAUUAUUAUUGCUGUUGGUAGCACUAUUAUUAUUAUUAUUAUUAUUAUACCUGCAACUACCAUUUUUGCUUCAGUUACAAUUAUUCCUUUUGCUUUUAGUCGUUUCUUUCCCACGCGGCCGGCGCUCUCGUCGGGUUUCUCUUCCGCUCCAUUCUAAAGCUAAGAUGUGACUCUAGUGACACGCCAUCGACAGGGUGCAUUCUGGUUGCUAUGCAACGUAAAGUUCAACGACUUUGAAGCUUUGUAUAAAAGUGUUAGCCCCGCUAACGUGGCGUAACGACGUGAAACAUUUUGGGAUGGGAACAGACACGAGAGGUCACAUGACCCCGAGAGCGCCACGCCUCACCACCACCACCGUGUGGAGGAGCUGGAGGUGACCGGCAGCCAGAUGUGUACAAAGAGAAUCCUAUGUGGUCGCCCCCCCCCCCCCCAUCACGGGGUCCUCAUCGUCUCAUUUUAUCAGUCCCCCGGUGGAUGGAACUCUAACACAUGGGCGGAGCCUCAACGUCUGGACUCCAGCCAGAGGAACGCCGGACUCGCCAGUAUUCAUGGUGUCCACGAGGAGAGAGGCGGAAUUUUGUACUUCCCAUCUCACCCCCCCCCCCUCCUCCUCCUCAGUACCUUUUGGUGAUCCAGUAUGCACAGACUGAACCCGUAUUACCCAGCAGCCCCUCUUGGCGUCACGUGUUCAUCGAGGACAAAGUGGAAAGAACUCCAACCUGAAGGAGGAAAAGCAUUUCACCCAGAGCAGAAGUCUGGGUUCCUUUUCUUGUUAUAUUUUGUUGUUUUUUUAGAUUGUAUCCUGAUUGUUGACCCCCCCCCCUUCCCCUUCCCAUCCCCCCAACCUUUCCUUAUUGUUUUUACAUGGAUAGUUUGUUUGUUUGUUUGUUUUGCGGCGUCUCCUCCUGAAAGGGGGGCUCACCUGAGAGGUGUCGGCCCCCGGAGACGAUAAUAAUCAUCAUAGCUAAAAACAGAAACUAUUGUAAUAUCUGUCUGGAUGUACAGACGGGCCGGACCAGAACCCCGGACGUGUGGAUUAUAUCUUUAAUGGGAGAGACGAGGAUCAAUCACCGUGUGCAUCGCUAUGCACACAACAUGGAGCACUUUGCAUAUAUACAAUGGGGAAAACUCUUCUUUUCCUUUUUCUUUUUCUUUUUGUUAAAGAAGAAAAGAAUGUGGCAACCAGAGUGGCGGAGGAUGAGAGGGAGACGAAAGGAUGACCACGGCCACGAUGCUCAUGUCGUAACACACAGACACACGGACCUCUCCUCCGUCCGGUCCGAUGGGUUUCACCAGAACAUCGAGCUGGACCUACGAGCGCGUCCAGCAGCGACGUCCCCACGGCGUCCGCUGUCACGGAGCCGACGCCACAACGGGCGCAGUGUUACUCGCGGUGGCGGUGCUGGUUCAGAGCUGUGGGGGGGCGGGGCCUCGGGUGACUCUUUGAGGUCAUGCGUCUGAUUGGCCGGCUUACUGUCGGAUGACACGUGUCACACAGCGUCCCAGGGCCCGGGGUCCGCCGUUGACAGCAGACUGAACCCGUUGCCGGGGGUUACGGGUGGCCAUGUUGGAUUCCUUGGGCUCCUGGGCAGCAGUGUGGUUUCACUCGGUGUGUAUCGUGUCGUCAUGCUAACGGUGUGAGCUGACAGUAAACGCUGUGUCAGCGUUCUACCCGUUAACCCUGAGCGUGGUCACAUCCUGGAUUGGCAUCAACACGUGCACAAUGCUACGCUACGGCUGUUAAACAAAUCUCUGCUUUCUCAACCACCAGCCAUCUUCUUGACAGAAUUACUUUGGUGCAGAUAACGUUCACAGAUUGUUUACCGUAACCUCUGACCCACAAUCUGACUUGUGACCCAACAGGUGACAUCUAUAAUCAGAUGUCCUGUUCCUUUAAGGGCCUGGUCACGAGACCCUAACGUCCAGGGCGGACUUUAUAUUCUCUAGGAGGAGGUCGGGGAGCUUUGAGCUGGGAUCUCUUGUGUGUGCUCCAUGUUGAGCAUCAGGAACACAAGAAUCCUUCCCCCGCAUAAAGUAGUCCUUCCUGACCACGGCUCAUGCAUCCAUGGGCUCAAUGAACCAGCAACUGAGGGGGCGGGACUUAUGAUUGGUCAAGUAGGCGCUCUCUGGUCUCUCUUUGCAGUUGGACCAACAGGAAGUCCUUUAAAACACACUGGCCAAUGGUAGCGGAGCAGAGGAGGAGCCUCCUGAGCUCUGCUCUCUAAGGACACUCACACAGCGCCACCGUAAUACCGAGGUUCUAGGUGUCUGGUUCUGUCGACAAGACCGUAAUACCGAGGUUCUAGGUCUCUCGUUCUGUCGACAUGACCGUAAUACCGAGGUUCUAGGUCUCUGGUUCUGUCGACAUGACCGUAAUACCGAGGUUCUAGGUCUCUGGUUCUGUCGACAUGACCGUAAUACCGAGGUUCUAGGUCUCUGGUUCUGUCGACAUGACCAUAAUACCGAGGUUCUAGGUGUCUGGUUCUGUCGACAUGACCGCAAUACCGACGUUCUAGGUCUCUGGUUCUGUCGACAUGACCGUAAUACAGACGUUCUAGGUUUCUGGUUCUGUUGACAUGACCUUAAUACAGACGUUCUAGGUGUCUGGUUCUGUUGACAUGACCGUAAAACUGACGUUCUAGGUGUCUGGUUCUGUCGACAUGACCGUAAUACAGACUUUCUAGGUGUCUGGUUCUGUCGACAUGACCGUAAUACAGACUUUCUAGGUUUCUGGUUCUGUUGACAUGACCUUAAUACAGACGUUCUAGGUGUCUGGUUCUGUUGACGUGACUGUGUGGCGUGAAAUUGCUGCCUCAGCACUUCUCUUCAUCUUCUCUGUGAACCUGUGUCCCUGUUGCUCCGCCCACUUCCUGUCCACAUGUCGGUCCUGGGUUCUCCAACCUGUUCUGGUUCAUCCGGUUCUGUUGGAUCCAGACCGGCCCGUCAGACUUAGGCCAAGACUAUGAACCUAGGAUUAGAUUCCGAGAUCAAUAUUCCCUUUGAGAGGUUGCAAUUGGAUCUCCAGAUAUAUUUUCCUGAGUUCUUGAUGUCUGGGAUGAGUUGGUCCUGGUUCAGGUCUGGGAUGAGUUGGUCCUGGUUCAGGUCUGGGAUGAGUUGGUCCUGGUUCAGGUCUGGGAUGAGUUGGUCCUGGUUCUGUUGGGUCUCGUUGUUUUCGGGCUGCAGAUCUUUUUCUUGGAAUCCAAAACAUUUCAAUCUGAAUCUUUUCCAGAUGUCUCAGUGAGUUCUGUUUUUUCUUUCUAUCGCAGUUUUAAAAAAUAAAAUAAACAAAUGUAUGACUAUGACAUAAAUGACUCACUAUUUGCUAGGUUUGAAGUAAUAAUGACUUAUUGUACAUAAGCAUUUUCUCCUUGUACUGAAAACAUAAAAUUAAAUGGUUGUAUAUCGUGUAGAGAAGCAAACAAAGCCAUGAAUAUUGUGAAGCUGUCAUUUGUUUUGUGAUCAUGUGUUCUUGUGUAACGAUGUGCAAAAUGUUCGGAUUCCUUUGUUCCUCUCCAAGCCGCCUCCCAGAAUGCAUCACUUUGAUUGGACACUCGUUAGCAGGAAGGUGCUCAUUGGUUCAGACCGUCGGCUUCACAUUACUGGUAGUUUACUGGUAGCUCACAUAACUGGUAGUUCACAUUACUGGUAGUUCACAUUACUGGUAGUUUACUGGUAACUCACAUAACUGGUAGUUCACAUUACUGGUAGUUGUCAUAACUGGUAGUUUACUGGUAGCUCACAUAACUGGUCGUUCACAUUACUGGUAGUUUCCUGGUAGUUGUCAUUACUGGUAGUUCACAUUACUGGUAGUUGUCAUUACUGGUAGUUCACAUAACUGGUAGUUGUCAUUAUUGGUAGUUCACAUUACUAGUAGUUCACAUUACUGGUAGUUAUCAUUACUAGUAGUUCACAUUACUGGUAGUUCACAUUACUGGUAGUUUACUGGUAGUUGUCAUUACUAGUAGUUCACAUUACUGGUAGUUUACUGGUAGUUGUCAUUACUGGUAGUUCACAUUACUGGUAGUUGUCAUUACUGGUAGUUAACAUUACUGGUAGUUGUCAUUACUAGUAGUUCACAUUACUGGUAGUUGUCAUUACUGGUAGUUCACAUUACUAGUAGUUGUCAUUACUGGUAGUUCACAUUACUAGUAGUUCACAUUACUGGUAGUUGUCAUUACUAGUAGUUCACAUUACUGGUAGUUGUCAUUACUGGUAGUUCUCUACUGGUAUUCUACUGGUAUGUCCUACAGAAUGUUUCAUUGAAUGUGUUGGAGGACCCUCCUCACUGGUCUGACUGGUGCACCAGUGUGAUACUGGUUUCUCUCUAGAGCUCCAGACUGGGGUCUUUUUCAGAUUCACAUAUAUUCUCCAUACUUGAAGCCGUUCCACACGUUGACCCCUGGAGUGACCUCCGGCCUGUUGAAACGAGUCGUGAGGCGUGACGGUGACUCUCAGCAGCACACAGGGAGUCAGAUCUACCUGGAAGUCAAAGCUGCUUUAGCUCAGUGGGGUAAGAGGGCCGUCCUGCAACCGCAGGGUUGUGGGUUCGAUCCCCGCUCUCCCCAUUAGUUGCAAGUCGAAGUGUCCUUGAGCAAGGCACUGAACCCCUAGUUGCUUCCCGGGCGCUUCACCGCAGCCCACUGCUCCUUAAUAACUAAGGAUGGGUUAAAUGCAGAGAACUAAUUUCCCCUUGGGGAUUAAUAAAAGUGUAUAUUCUUCUACGCAGGAGAACGUGUGUCGACGAACAAUCAGUUAAUACAAGUUAUUAAGCUUAAUCACAGCAUAUUAAUGUGAACUCUUGGAAUAGGUGGCAUAUAACGUGAGUUGUACCAGUGAAUAUGACACGAGAUAGCAGCUCUGACCGCCGUAAGCGGCCGACCCUGAACCGGUGACCCCCUCCUGCCGCCGCUGCCCUCUCCUGUCUGACUGCGUUGCUCACGAGGGAAACGUUGAACUUCUAAUCAGUUUUUAUCAAUUUUGCGUUGACGUUUUGCAUAAUGUCGACGGUGCUGAACCUCUGGAGAGAACGAGAGGAUGAAACCCACCGGAAACACUCGAGUCCUUUUUGUGUUGCUGACAUCAAUCCUGACCUUUUGCACAUACUUGAUAUUUAACGGUCUUCAAAAAAGUAAAAGAAAAUAAUGCUGUUUGAAUACUGCCAGUUGACAAUUAUGCAUUGAUUGAAAAAAAAAAAUAAGCUAAUUUUGGAGGAAAUAACUUUGUAAUAUUUAUCUCUUGCAAGCUAUGUUUAAUAAAGGUUGAAACAAUUUGCUUUCCA